AUGGAUAACACAACGACUAACACUCAAUCGAUUUCUAUCAGUCCUUAUCAAACUUCAUCUCAUUCUAUUCAUCCAUCCUGUUAUGAAAAAUUAUCUAAACGAUAUCCAUCAAUCCACCGGUUGAAGAACACGUCUAUUAUCCGUCGUACAAGUAGUACUAACAGUCGAAGUAGAAGUAAAAGCUGGCAAAGUCCUAAACUUGACUUGACCAACUCACUGUCACAUAAUCGUCUACUUAUCAAUGCUCCAAGACCUUCAUUACGAAUCAAUAAAGAGAAUAUACUAUUUGUUAAAAAUCAUAAUUACUAUUAUAAUUUCAGUAAACUACAAUCGAAUUCACAGAAUGAUCCUUCAUCGAAUGAAUCUCAAAUACAUCAUCAUUCACCAUCAAUACACCAGACACAUCAACAAGAAGAACAACAGCAACCGCAACAUCAACAAAACCAUAACUUGUCAAAACAAUCAUUAUUAUUAUCAUCAUCCUCUAAUGAGGCGAAUUUCGCAACCUCAACCCCAUAUAUCAAACCAUCAUUAUUUAAACAUAAUCAGCAUGAUAAGAAGAUUUUAAAGUCAGCGUUUAUUGGUGCACCAAGACUUGCGUUAACUGUUUCAUUUAAUGAUAAUAAUAACAAUAAUAAUAAUAAUAACAGUAUUGAACAUACGCCUAGUUUAAGUUAUUCGUCGGUUAACACUUCUUUGCGGAAUAAAAGUUUUUCGACUAAAAGUGGUUAUGGAGACGAUGAUUUCCUUCAAGAGGUCAGUGAGGAGAAGAAGACGACAAAGAAGAAGAAAUAUGGCGACGAUGAUGGUGAUAAUUUAACCAAUGGAUCUAGUACUGUGCAAACCACAGAAAAUGAUCAACCUAUUCAACCAAGUAAACUAGCUUACACCUUUACACAACCGUCAAAACAAAACUCAAGCUGUAAUCAAACAAAUAAUAAUCAUAGUUUAAUUAUAUUUCGAUGUCGUAUAUGUCUUGAAGAAGAAGGUGAUGACCCGGAUGGAUUAAUGUCCCCAUGUCGUUGUAAAGGUACUGUUGGUCUGGUGCAUAGAAAUUGCCUGGAGAAAUGGUUGCUAACUUCAGGUAAACCAAGUUGUGAAUUAUGCGGAUAUGCGUAUAUUAUGACACCAUCGAAAAGACGUUCAUCACAAUUUUCAACAUUGAAUCAUCAUCAUCAUCAUCCUUUCAGACGUUUCAAUGCAGAAUUUAGAAAUCUACGCAAUUGGUUAGAUUGGCAACAGACCCGGAAACAUUUAAUCGCUGAUGGUAUCUCCAUGCUGAUACUUUUACCAGCAAGUUAUAUAGGCAUUUAUUUCUGUAUUGUUGGUGCAGUUGACCAGAAGGGAAGUAAUCCAUAUGGAUUGCGAGUAUUUGGUCUAUGCGGACUUGCAGUUCUCAUCGUCUUGUUAAUGACGAUAUGGAGUUGUUUGGCUAUUAGACAUCAUGUCGGUAAUUAUCGUAAUUAUCAAUUGUAUCAACAAGAGUUGGCGUUAGCUGAAGCCAGUCGAUUAUCUGCCCUGCCAAGAUAUCGUUUCUCGGUACAACCAAGACCAAGAGGAUCGUCAGUUGUUAUAUACACAUUGAAUAGAGAUCAACAACAACAACAACAACAAUCCUCGCCUAUGUCAAUACAUGAAGGACAAAUGUCAAAUGAAUCGAGUAUUGGACAUUUGGAUCUAAGUCAAUCUUAUACUAAUAACACGGCUGUUUCUGCUGUGGCUAACAGUACUAGCAGUAAUGAACACUCUGGAAAUCAAACAUUUCUUGUCUCAGUUGCAUUGACCACUGUACCGGAGGUAGCUGAAGACUGUACAAGUUCACAGAGUAAGACAGUAUUUACGAGUAUUGUUUAA